GGGAACCCCUGGGUUAGACCACCUCGUGGCGCCCUGACAUGACGUGCAUAAUAGUCACCUACUAGUAGGGAGCUCUUUUUUCCGAGUAUUCAGACAGCCCUUAAAUGCACCUUAAGGUUCGAUAGUUACAAGCAGCGACCAGAGAGGAGGAAAGGAAAACUUGUUGGGAACUUUUCUACCACAAAAUCAGUGUUUUCAUACAGAUCUAAAGAUGUCAUCAGGCGCUCUCUUUCCAAGCCUGGUCAGCGGCUCCAGGGGAAGCUCCAGCAAAUACCUGGUGGAGUUCCGUGCAGGUAAAAUGACCCUGAAGGAGAACGUGGUGACCCCAGACAAACGCAAGGGCUCGGUGUACAUCCAGCAGUCUGACGACUCCCUGAUUCACUUCUGCUGGAAGGACAGGACGUCUGGGAACGUGGUUGAUGAUCUCAUCAUCUUCCCUGAUGACUGUGAAUUCAAGCGGGUGAGCCAGUGCACCACUGGACGUGUUUACGUGCUGAAGUUCAAGGCUGGAUCCAAGAAGCUGUUCUUCUGGAUGCAGGAGCCAAAGACCGAAAAGGACGAGGAGCACUGUCGCAAGGUGAACGAGUACCUCAACAACCCUCCGAUCCCCGGAGCCCCAGGCAGCGGAGGCGGCAGCGGCCAUGAACUCUCUGCACUCGGAGGAGAGGGAGGCUUGCAAAACCUGCUGGGAAACAUGAGCCACAACCAGCUGAUGCAGCUGAUCGGACCAACUGGACUGGGAGGACUUGGUCUGGGAGCUCUAGCAGGACCAGGACUUGCCAACUUACUGGGCAGCGGAGGAGGAGCAACCAGCAGCUCUUCAUCCAGCUCCCGUAGCCAAUCAACAGCAGCCACCCCAUCCUCAGGAGCAGCCCCCAGACUGAGCUCCACUCAGGCCCCCACCACCCCUGUGACUCCUGCUGCCUCUGCUGUCUCCCCGACUACUGUGGCUCCCUCCACACCAGCCUCGGCUCAGACCCCAGUGGUCCCUGCCUCUGUGGGGAGUCCUGGCUCCCACCAGCCCAUCCAGCUCAGUGACCUUCAGAGCAUCCUCGCCACCAUGAAUGUCCCGGCGUCAGCAGCACAGGGAGCUGCAGUGGACCUGGCGAGUGUCUGCACCCCGGAGAUGAUGGCUCCCAUCCUGACCAACGCAGAGGUCCAGCAGAGACUCCUGCCUUUCCUCCCCAGUGGAGAAAGUUUACCUCAGAGUGCAGAGGAGAUCCAGAACACCAUCAACUCGCCUCAGUUCCAGCAGGCGAUGAGUAUGUUCAGCAGUGCCUUGGCCUCCGGGCAGCUCGGUCCUCUCCUGACUCAGUUCGGUCUGCCGGCAGACGCUGUGGAUGCUGCCAACAAAGGAGACGUGGAGGCGUUUGCUCGAGCCAUGCAGGACAGCAAAGACGCCAAAGAGAAGAAAGGGGACGACGAGGACAUGAGUUUGGAUUAAGAGCUCACGCUGCCAAACCUCAGUGAAAACAAAAAAAAUAAUCAGCUGUGAUUCCUUUUCUAAUCUUCACCUCUGUACCUUUUUGUUUACUCAACCUUUGUUUAAUGUUGUCUUAAACUUCUCCACACCAAAGACAACACAGGGUGAGCCGAGCUGUUUCACUGUGACCGCCAUGUUUGUUCUGAUAAUUGUUCUCUGAAAGGAGAGAGGAUUUUUCUCUGAAUUGAGCCUUAAGUCUGAUUUUUCUGUUGUUACGCCACAGUGCUUACUCUUUCCCACUUUUAUUGUGAUUUACUCUAAUAAAAAAAAAAAAUCACCAAGCAAACAAAA